AUGAAUGAAAUUGAUUCGUUAGAUUCGGUAGAUUUGGAAAGUAGUCCUGCUAAAUAUAAUAUUGAUAAAAUAAUGAAAUAUGAAAAAGUAGGAAAGAGUGGUAAGAAUUGGAUUAAAUUAGAAGGUAAAUUAUUUCUAAUAGAAAAAUAUGAUAUCAAAGGUAGAGGAGAAUUGGCGAUCACGAUAGGCAAUCAAUUGAAUGAAAGUAAUGAAUCUGAUGAAGAUUUGGAUUUUGAUUUUAAUUAUGAUUCUGAUUCUGAUUCUGAUGCUUAUAUUGAUGCUGAUAAAACUAAAAAAGAUAUCUGGGUUAAAUUAAUUCGUAAAAUGAUUAGAGAAGGAUAUUUCCAAAUAUCUGAUGAUGUAAAUGUGAAAAAUUUGGCUAAAGAAUUACAAGAAAAAGUAUUAGAAUCUGCUAAACGUUCGUUAAUCGAUGCAAUAGAUGAAUUAACACGAAUCGAUUUGUUGGCAUAUUUAAAAGUAGUAACUCCUAAUUUGAUCAUAGAUGUAAUAAAUAAACAAUUAAAUUCAAAGAUUAAGAUUAAAGUUGUUAAAUCACCGGAUUUGGUACGACUCGGUGUAAUAAAACGUAAUGCACCAGAUUGGCAAGAGCAAAGUAUAGAAGAAAUCCUUGAGUAUGAUAAAACUUAUGAUAUAAGUCAAUUAAAUAAAAUAGUUCCGGCUAUAAAUUAUAAAGGUAUAGGAAAAUAUUCACAGAAAAUUACUGAAACAGAUGAAACUCACAGAAAAUCUAAUUCAGCUAAGAUGGAUUUAAAAACUAUGGGAUCUUGCCAUAGACGACCAGUCUUUGCUGAUAGUUUCUUUAGAUUUAUGAAACUUUCCGGAACACCGAUUCUCGAAAUACCAAAGAUUAACGGAAGACAAUUAGAUUUGUUCGUACUUUACAGAGAUGUUACAGGUCGUGGUGGUUAUGAAGAAGUUACGAGAAAAAAUCGUUGGAAAACUGUAGCGGAAAAUUUAGGAAUAGGUGGAAAUAGCAAAGACGUGGCAAUAUUAAAAAUAAUGUACAAACAAUACUUACAUGCAUACGAAUGCGAACAAAAAUCUCCCUCAUUAAUAAAAAAUAUGAUAGAAGAAAUAAUGACAAGUAAAGAAUAUUUUGACUUUAUUUCUAACAAAUUUGGUAUGAUAUUAGCAAAAGAAAUGCCUAAAAUUGAUUAUAAAUUGAACAAAAGAAAAAUGUUAAACAUUAUGAAGAAUCCAUGUUUAAGAGAAAUUACUGAAUUAAUGUUAUUUAAACAAGAAUUAGAAAAUAGAAUGUAUGAAUCUAAUAAGUCAUUAUCAUCGUCAUCAUCAUCAUCAUCAUGUGUUACAAUUCCAAAGAAACGAUCAAAAAUUCCCAAAAAAGGCGAAUCAACAAAUGCUAAAACUAAAAAUAAACUGUCUUUAGAAAAAUUAAUGCAAAUAAAACAAGUAGUAGAACAAACUAUUGAAAUUCAAAAGCAGCUACAAUCAAAAGUUCAAACAAAAGACAAGUUAAUUGAUCAAACUGAAAGUAAGGUAUCUUCAAAAACAUUAAAUGAGAUAAGACAAUCAUUAGAAUCAUCACGACCUAAAUUUACUACAGAAUACGUGUUAAAAUCAUUAACACAAAAUGAAUUGUUACAAAUGGGUUUCCAUUUAUUUGUACUAACUUUUCUUCUAUUUUCUGCCAUUUAUUUCAUUUAUAAGUUAUCCUUAAAUCUAUUUAAUUCAAUAUGGUAA